ACAUAUCGAUAAGGAUCUACUCGCUCUUGGCAAUGUGAUAAGUACUUUGGGAGAUAAGAAAAAGAGGAAAGAAUGAGGCCAUGUUCCAUAUCGUGAUAACAAGUUAACGCGCUUGUUACAGGAUUCUCUUGGAAGGAGCAGCAAAACAAUCAUGAUUGCUUGUGUCAGUCCUGCUGAUACAAAUGUUAAGGAAACAAUAAAUGCUCAAAAGUAUGCAGAUCGUGCUCAUAACAGUCAGAGCAAGGCAGUUAUCAACCGUGAUCCAAUGGCAGCUCAGGAGCAGAGAAUGAGGUGCUCAAAUAUUUCAUCAACUUUUGAUGAUGGUGCUCAAAAGUUGAAUAUCCUGGAGGCACAGGUGAAUAUUGAAUUGCCCCUGCCAUCUCAAGUCUCAAUGGCAUUCAUAGUUCUGAGAGACUAGACUCAUGCUUUGGGUGGCAGGUUGCUCAAUUUUUGAAACAAAUACAUAGAACCCACAAGGCAGCGAAAUGACUUCUAGAAUUUUGAAAGGCUUCCUCCUCAUGCGAAACUUCCAGUUAGGAGAUAUACUGCAUCAUGCAGUUCAUUUUUUUCAAUGUUUAUAACUU